UCACCAUAGCGUCAUCACCAUAGCAACAUCACCAUAGCAACGCACAUUUUUGCUAUGGGACUUGGUUUUAAUAAUACUACUGGAAGAAUGGAUGGGUUUGAGUUAAAAGUUCUGGCAGGUCCAAAACCUGCAGGGUCCAACCCAAAACCAGUUUGAAGUCAGACGUCCCAAAUGGGUCCAAAGCUAAUUCAUUAGUCAGUUGACUGAGAGAGAGCCCACAGCAACAUGCUGCCAUCACCUUGCCAGGCUCCUCCCCAUCACAGCAGCAGCUUUACCAGUGAACUGGUUUCACUGGGCCGUCUCACUGGAGGUCCAGUUCAUGGUGGGCUGACCUUUGGCGGUACCGGUUGUUCCUGAACAUCCGAACCAGCUUCCUCUUUUCUGGAUCUUCUCCUCGGUUCUGAACACAAACCGAUUCUCAGCGAAACUGAACUCUUAGACGGAGUCUUAUUUUGAAGGCUCGCCCAGCCGCUUCCUGUUUGAUCGGUAAUAUUCGGUUCUGGUUCGGCUGUCGGUGUUUUCAGGAUAAAAAUGACCAAACUGCAGCUGCUCAGCGCCUACCUGACGGAGCGGCUCACCACCGUGGUGAAGGAGGUUCUGGACGUGGUGGAGGACACGGUGGCCCAAUACCGGGAGGAGACGGCCAGAACCCGGCGGGAGAACGAGAGCCUGCGGAGGCAGCUGCGGGACAUCCUGCUGCUGGAGGCCGAGACCGAGUGGCUGAGGUCGACCCAGGCCGGUUUGGGUUUCGUACCUGCAGAGCAGCAGCCUGGUGACCUGAAACCCAGAUCCGUCCUAGAGGAGCCAGACUCCACCCUGACCCAGUCCAGACCUCCUCCGGCUUCAGCCCAACUUCUGUCGGUUCCGAAAGAAGCGCCAUCGGCACCGACCCGGCUCCGGCCCACAGAACUCUGGGAUCAGCCACCGAAACCUGACCCGCUCCGGAGGACGUCUCCUCUCCUGGCUCGUCUGCCCCCGAAUCCUCCCAGGAUCCCCGCUGACGGGCCGGCGGCGAGGGAGGAGCCACAGGCCCCGCCCCCUGCACGGGUCAAAGCCGAACCCGAAGAAGCAAGCAGAGAGAGUCCAGCUGAGUCUGCGAACGCUCACCUUGAGUCGGGCUUUGACUACACAUCUGAGGAAGAGCAGCUGCCGGCGGAUCGGCAGGACGCCUCCAAACCCGGGCCGACCUCUCAGGAGACCCGGCCGCCUGAUGACGCCACGAUCACGGCGCUCGACCCUGAGCUCGUACGCCGCUGCCUCCGCUGCGGCGAGGCGUUCAGUCACAGCGCUGGGCUCCGCCUCCAUCUGGAGCAGAAGAGGAAGACCUACGCCUGCGACUGGUGCUGCAAGUCCUUCGCCCAGUCGGCCGAUCUGCGGCGCCACCUGCGCACGCACACAGGCGAGCGGCCGCACCGCUGCACCUUCUGCUCCAAGAGCUUCAGCCAGAGAGGAAACCUGCGGCGACACCUACGGAUCCACACCGGCGAGCGUCCGUACAGCUGCCCGUUCUGCUGCCGCACCUUCAGCGACGGAGACACCAUGAAGAAACACAAACGCACGCACUCUGGAGAGAAACCGUACCGCUGCGGCCGCUGCGCCAAGACCUUCACCAGCGCCAGCAGCCUACAGCUGCACCUCAGGAAGGACCUGUGCUACGGAACCAGCGCCUGAACGGAUGGACUGAGGCGCGUCAACCAGAACCUUCAGGAGCAGAACCUUCUGCGGACCGGAUGUCUUCACUGUUCAGGGAGUUUAAGAUUGAACUAAUGAGGUGUGAAAAGAACGUUUUGAAUCUAGUCAGAACAGAACCUGACUCAGAGGUCUGGGUCCAAACAUCCGCAGCUUCAUUAACCAGCAACAGGUCCGAAUCCUGUUCGGAUCAGAACCAGCACUACUAAACGGGUUCUGGAUAUGUUCCGGCUCCAACUUGUCCAACCUGGAGGGCUGCAGCGUUUCCUGCCUCUGCAGAACCUGAUCCGAUAUUUAGGAGACAUCGGACCGGAACUGGACAGAACCCGUUUAGACAGAAUCUCAGAUGCAACCGGCGCGAAUCCAGGAAGGAGUCAGGAGGCAGAUCCAGGUCGGACAUGGAAAAACGUUCAUCCAAGACCAACAGCAGCUUCCACAGAUCCAAUAUCUGCCUGGGCCCCGCUGGUCCCCGGGACGCAGCCUGGUCCGACCCGCAGCCGGGCACUCGGCAGGAACCAGAACCUCCCAAAGGCUCUCUGAGGAAUGCUGCACGUUUCUGUCAGAGAUCUUGACUUCAGGGUUUGGAUGUUUCUGGAACCAGAUCCGAUCUGCUGGCUGCUGCUGAAAAUCUUUUCUGCUGGUCUUGGAUCCUCCUGGAUCCACAUGUGAAGAGUUGGAACCGGAGCAGAUUCUGGAAGAAGGAAACUGUCAACAGUCUGGAAGUAAAGCAGAAGCGUCGACGUUGGACAAACCCGGCCUUUAAUUAGGCCACAUUUAAUCAGAUCUUUAAUAAACAUCCAGCGGCUCUAAAACUGAACCGAAUCCAGACCGGAUCCAGUGAGGACAGUCAGGGAAAGCGCUGCAGCGCCCUGGGGUUACCAUAGCAACCGCCCAUGACAACCAUUACACGCCGUCUACAUGCUGACUGGUUGGACUGGAAGAAUGUUUAAACUUCCCAGAGAAAAAACUGGAAGUUUGGUGAAAAUGUGAUGAUCAGAUUUUGGUUUCAUGAGAAAAAGAUUCAAUAAAAUAUUUCAAAGUUGAUCAAAAUGA